AUGCAGGUUGCUCCUAAUUUCUCCGCUUGCCCCGCCUCAACCAUUCCCUCGGUGUUUGAGACUGUGCAAGGUCACAAAGUCCCAAUUUUCUUUUCGCGCUACCCUGCCGGAAUCAGCAUUGCCGCUCGGGAAGUCGAGGAUGCCCUCAGAAAGAUCGACGAGCAAGCUUCCGAGGAAGGUACAAGAGAAAGGCGUCAAGCAGUUGUCCGACAUGCCAACCCCUACGGUAGCUACUUCACCAUUUGUCACUGCUCGGCCUUUCCAGAAAGACUAGUUCUGUUCUCCAGCCUGGCCGAGGUGCUGUGGAUCCAUGAUGACAUGACAGAGGAGAUGGAGCAUGCUUCGGCAUGCCGAGAGCACGAUGAGAUGGCCAAGGUCCUUCGCCUUGACAUUGAUCAAUCGAUGUUUGUGUCGGGAAAUUUGCGGCAAAAGUCACUGGCACUUGUGCUUCGAAAGGCAAUCGACAUUGAUCCCGCGCAAGCUCCGACUAUGGUCAAUAUGCUGAGAAAAUACCUGGCAACAUUCGACAGCGUCGGUGGAGUCUUCACACGAAUGGAGGACUAUAUGCCCUACCGAAUCGCCAACAGCGGCUACUGGAUGUCCUCUUACUUCGUUCGCUGGGGAAUGGGUAUGAGCCUUAGCGAGGAAGAUUACGCCAGUGUCCAGCAAUUCGACAUUGCAAUGGGGAAUGUCCUCGGUCUGACCAAUGACUACUUCAGUUGGAAUAUGGAGAGAGACCAGCAGGCAGAUCGAAUGAGAAAUGGAGUGGCGGUUCUGAUGAAGGAGCACCACACCACAGCGGAGGCGGCAAAAGUGAUGCUUCUUGGUAUUAUCGUCGAACAAGAGUCUCUAGCUGCAAAGCUCAAGGAGGAAAGACUGAGGACACCUGCUUCCAAGGAGAUCAUGCAAUACUUCGAGGCUAUUGAGCUUUAUGUGGGUGGAAGCUGCUAUUGGCACUCGACCGCGCCUCGGUAUCAGGUAUUGGGUCUUUGA